AUGGCUGAAGCUAACACUAGCAAUCAGCCUCAGGAACAGACACAGGAGGUAUCCGCCUUGGGCCCGACACCAAGCAUACCGCCCUUCUGGAAGAGCGACCCUGCUUUAUGGUUUAUUCAGGUUGAAUCCGCCUUCGCUACGUCAAGAAUAACUUCAAGUUCCGCAAAAUAUCACCUGGUAGUCGUCAAUCUCGAAUUGGCGCAACUACAGCAAGUUACAGACAUACUGCAGAAUCCUAGCAGGACACCCUACGAAGAUUUAAAAGCUCGUUUACUUAACACUUUCGAGGAGAGCGAAAGUGUCAAAGUGAGGCGGCUCCUUGAGCAGACCACUAUUGGAGAUGAACGGCCGUCACUUUUCCUUCGUUCCUUGAGACAGAAAGCGGGGAAUCUCGUCUCAGAGGAACUACUACGAAACCUGUGGCUCAGAGCCCUUCCAAAACGUAUGCAAGAAAUCCUCGCUACCGUUGAUGUCGCAGACCUCGACAAGCUAUCAAUAACGGCAGAUAAGAUAGCUGAAGUCGAGGCUUCGAACAUUUACGCCGUCGAGAGCGUAACACCAACAAAAAAUUCUGCCGUAGACAUCUUGUCUCAACAAGUAGCUGACCUGACAAAAAAGUUCGAGCUCCUGCAGGGACAGCUCCGCCGUCGAAGCCGCCCGCGAACUCCCUCCCGAAGCAGGAAUGCAACCCCGGACCAGAGGAACUUAUGUUUUUUCCACCGGAAGUUUGGCGAUAAGGCACGACGUUGCAUAGAACCGUGCGAAAAACAAAAAAACUGA